ACCGUUUCUACAUGGGGAUUUUUCUUGUCGCCUUGGCUUUUUUUUUUUUUGCAUUAUUGUAUCGUUAGCAAUGUGUAUAAUAACUGUCUUUACAUUUUUAUAAGCAGUGCUCAUUUACACAAGAAUAUUUGUCCUCACAUAGCGACGCGUUUCCAAGGCAACAGUGCAGCUUGCGUUUGUUUGUGUUUCGGAGCUAGUUGAUCUCUCUAUUCCGUGGUUGUCGUGAUUUGAGAUUUUACAAUUAUUGCUACUUUAAUUAAAUGUGAGAGUCUCAAGGCAACUUGUGUACUUAAAUAUAGUCCUAGAAAGCAGAGACUGAUCUCCAUACAUUUUAAUAAGGAUGUCAGAAGACAGUAGAAGAAUGGAGGAGGAUGAUCGAGGUCCAGGAGCUGCCUUUAAUGUCUUUGUGCUUAUGGAGGAUUUAUUGGACAAAUUGAAGUUGCUCAACUAUGAAGAGGAGGUGUUGAUAAAGAACAAUAUGAAACCGGUGUCCAGGCUUUAUUUUGCCUUGCAAACUAAUCCUGGGGAGCAAUUCUAUAUGUUUUGCACACUUGCUGCAUGGCUUAUAAAUAAAGCUGGACAUCGCAUUGAUCAGCCACAAGAAUACGAUGACCCAAACGCCACUAUAUCAAAAAUUCUUUCAGAGCUGCGGGCUUUUGGUGUCUCUGCAGAUUUCCCACCAUCCAAGUUAAAGGCUGGCUAUGGAGAGCAAGUUUGCUAUGUUCUAGAUUGUUUAGCAGAAGAGACUUUAAAAUAUAUUGGGUUCACUUGGAAGAGGCCGAUAUACCCAUCCGAAGAACAAGAUGAGGAAACUGUGGUGGAAGAUGAUGCAGAGUUAACACUGAACAAAAUUGAAGAUGAAAUCGCUGAGGAUGAUUCUGAUGACGAUGAAGAUCACUUCAUAGAUUUAAAUGUUCUCAAGACACAGACCAACAAAUUGGGUUCUGAAUCUUCAAAGCCAGAUGAGAUUUUGGAGUCUAAAACUGAUGCAGCAGAAUGGAAUCUUGAAGUGGAACGCGUCCUUCCUCAUCUGAAAGUUACAAUCAGAACUGACAACAAGGACUGGAGGGUUCAUGUUGAUCAAAUGCACCAACACAAAGAUGGAAUAGACACAGCAUUAAAAGAAACAAAGGGGUAUCUCGACAAGCUUCAUAAUGAGAUCAGCAAGACUUUGGAGAAAGUGGGAAGUCGUGAGAAGUACAUUAACAAUCAGCUGGAUCCUUUGAUCCAGGAAUAUCGAGCUGCACAGGCCCAGUUCAGCGAGGUUAAGGAUCAAUACCAGCAAGUAUCCUCAAGAGUAACUGAAAAGACACGGAUCCUGUCUGAGAUUACAGAAGAUUUGGAAAAGGUAAAACAGGAAAUUGAAGAAAAAGGAAGUAGUAUGACAGAUGGAGCUCCACUAGUGAAAAUUAAACAAGCUUUAACUAAGCUAAAACAAGAAACUGUUGAGAUGGAUAUCCGGAUUGGUGUUGUAGAACACACACUACUUCAAGCAAAGCUCAAAGAAAAAUCAAAUAUGACCCGUGAUAUGCACGCGACAGUUAUUCCACAAUAAUCUAUUGUACUUAUUACUAGAAUGUGUUAAUAUAUAUUGGAGUCGACAUUUAUUUGUUACGUAUUUUACAAUCUUUUUAUUCCAAAUGCGCGUGUACAUAUAUGAAUAAAAUAUUGAUUUUUGUAGUUAU